AUAUCAACUGUUGUCUUAUUUUCCAAUUAGCAACAGUAAAAAAGGUAUCGAGUUGAAAAUGUCGAACGUCAGAGAUAGACGGAGCGAACGGUGGCCGACCCAUAUCGCCGAGAAGUUCGUUCCCACGUCGUACUGGACUGAGGAUUCCGAGGGCAAUUAUUUGCUUGACAUUGAUCUUCCUGGGUUCAAACAUGAUGAGGUGAGAAUAGAGCAAGAAUCAGCUGGUUACAUAAAGGUUGGAGGAGAAAGGGUACCGGACGAAAACAAGUGCAUAUACAUCGACCAAACCUUCCGGUUGCCGGAGAAUUCAGACACCGAAAACAUCCUCGGCAAUUUCUACGGUCAGCAUCUAUGCAUUACCGUUCCAAAGAAAAUCGCUAGGAAUACAGCAGAUCAGAGUUCACAUGAAAAAGAGGAAGACCACAAAGACGAAGUGGAUAAUAGAGAAAAUGAAACGAAAAAUGAAUACGAAGAAGGUAUUAAGAGCAGCAGUGACCAAACAUGUCGUGUUCCGAGUUCAAAGAAACCGAAUGGUAAAGACAGUUUGUUAUCGAUCAUAAUCAACGGUGUUGAGCGAAAUAAGGGGAUUGUUCUUUCGGCUUGUAUCUCGUUUGCCAUUGGAGUGUGGGUGUCCACCAACCUUUGGGUCUAA